AUGGAGCUCCACUUAGGAGGUAGCAUUAAACCAACUAUUCAGUUGUUACUUACUCUCAGGUUUUAUGCAACGGGUAACUUAUUAAUAACAGUGGCAGAUUUUAUGGGUAUUUCAAAAUCAUCUGCAUCUCGCAUCAUUCGAAGGGUUUCCAAUGCCAUUGCUAGCCUUCGACCGAUCUAUAUAAACAUGUAUCAAAACCGCGCAGAAAUGGAACAAGCUGCAGAAGAUUUUUAUGAAAUCGCAAGGUUUCCGAGAGUAAUUGGAGCCAUCGAUGGUACCCUAAUACGAAUCGAUUCUCCAGGAGGUGACGAUGCUGAAAUAUUUAGAGGAAGAAAAGAUUUUUUUGCCAWAAAUGUUCAAGCUGUAAGUGAUUCGAAACUAAAAUUUAAAGACAUUAUUGCCAGAUGGCCUGGAUCAACUCAUGAUCAGACCAUUUUCAAUAACUCCAAUUUAAAAAGAAAUUUUGAAAAUGGRAGAUAUGGUAGAUAUCUUUUGAUUGGAGACAGUGGAUAUGCUCUAAKGCCAUAUUUAAUYACCAAGUUAACAAAUACACGAAACGAAGCAGAAGAUUUGUAUAAUGAAUCGAUAAUUCGUACUCGAAAUGUGGUAGAACGUCUGUUUGGUGUAUGGAAAAAACGUUUUCCCAUAUUAAAGUUUGGAAUGCGUUUAAAAUUAGAAACUAUUAUGACAAUUAUUGUAGCGACGGCAGUUUUGCAAAAUAUUGCAGUGGAAAUGAAUGACUGGUUUCCUGAUCAAUGGUUUAAUGACAUUGUGGAAGAUGAUGACGAUUUAGAUCAUCCAGAUGGCAAUCCAAUUGAGAAUCGUGGACAACACGUUCGUCAACUAUUAAUUGCAGAACAUUUUGCUCGACUUUAG